UGAUCAUUGAUCCAAAGUUUAUAUUUUUCAUCACCUUGUAAACUGUUAUUGAAUAUUGAUAAAAUUUAACUUUUUUAUUCAUACAUAACCAUUUGUUUAAAUGUUUUUUGAAGAGACACGUCAGUGACAUCACGUGUCGUCUCAAAAUAUUUACAGUUUUUCUUUGAAUCUGACUUCAGUUUUAUCUGGGAUAAAUUACAUAUUUGGACUGUACUGUUUACAUAAUAAAUAUAAAAUAAAAUCUUAAAUUAUAUAUUUAUUUGUGACACUAAAGAGAUAAAGAUGUGUCUAGCAUUACCGAGUAAUGUUUCGCCUUGUGUUUUAUUUGUUUUUAUAAACUGUGUUAGUGAAAUAAGUGAAAAAAGAACUAUAACCAAAAAUGUUUAUCUGUGACAUAACUUUUAAUAUACUAUAAAUGGCAAAUUCAUUAAAACGAACCAAUUCUCGUCGCAGGAUCGCCGCCCUCUCAUUUUUGACAAAUAUUACUCUUGAUGGCAGUUACAAAGACACUAAGUUAGCCCUUCUUCCCAAAAAUGGGGCCACAACACGAGCCCCAUUUCUUUGUACAGAGGACAUUUUGCCGGAAGAAGCUGAAGACAUAGAUGAAACUUCAUGUUUACUUAAAUCACAGCAAAGUCUGAAUGAAAAGUUGACACCUGUACUCGAUAAGAAGCAAAUUAAGAAAUAUAGGCCUAGCAAUAGUGAUUCAGAAUCUGAAAGUAUUAUUGCACCCAUAAAGGCCACUUUAGAAGACACUGCACUUAGGAAACAUACUAGGAACAACUCGGAUGUAGUUGACAGAGAUGGGAAAAUAAUUCCAAAGAUUCUUAAGAAGAUUCCACAUCAAGUGUCUAUAUGUAGCGAGGCAGAAAGAAGAAAGGAAAAAGAUAGCAGCUGUGAGAGUUUAGGCUCUGUUACUUUCAGAAGUAAAUUAGUAGGGGACAAAUCUCGCCAGAAAAUAACAAUCAUAAAACCAACAAGGGAUCACAAGUUUUCUGGAGAAAGGAUUGUUUUUGUAACUGCCAAGCAUUCACCCUUUUUGGUGUGCUCUUAUAUACCAUAUAAGAGAAAUUACAGGGCAAAUUUGACGAGAGAAGCACAACGCAAGAGAACAGCAUCUGGUAACCGACCUUUGUCUACUUCUGGGGAUGGAUUUGAUCCAUAUGAUUCACUUGGCAUCGCAAGAGCUAGAGAUGGACAGCAAGAAGAAUCGUAUGGAUAUUUACUGGAACCUUCGAAAUAUCCAAAGGAUGUGGUUUUGAAAAGAAACACCAUUGACGAUCCCACGGAUCAGUCUCUCGAUCCUCUUAAGCGAAACGCACGACAUUUUGUUUCAAGGUGCUUGUCAUACGAAACACCAGGCCAAAGGAUAUCUAAUUAUACAUCUAAUGUAAUCACAUCUGAUCUUAAAGAAGAAACGUUAAUAAAGGGAUUUAUUUAUCAUCCAGACCUACUAGACGACCCAGAACUUAUUGUCGGGAAACACAGGACUGUUCUAACGUUUACUUCUUACAUAACAUCUGUCAUUGACUACGUCAAACCAUCUGAUUUGAAACGAGAGAUCAAUGAGAAGUUCAAAGAUAAAUUUCCACAUAUUGAUUUGACUUUAAGUAAAUUGAGAAGCUUAAAGCGCGAAAUGCGCAAAAUAGCCAAACAGGAAAGCAACAUAGACCUUCUAACCGUCGCCCAAGCUUAUGUCUACUUCGAGAAACUUAUCUUACGCGGACUAAUCCAUAAACAAAAUCGAAAAUUGUGUGCUGGUGCCAGCUUGAUCCUCUCAGCCAAACUAAACGACGUUAAGGGUGACGCUCUGAAGUUGUUGAUCGAAAAGACGGAAACAACUUUCAGAUUGAACAGAAAGGAAUUGAUGGCUACUGAAUUUGCUGUUCUAGUGGCUCUGGAAUUUGGACUACAUAUACCUACGUACGAAGUGUAUCCUCAUUAUCAAAGGCUUUUAUAUGAAUCAUAGUAUAUGUCUUCUAAGUUGCAAAAAUGUUAUUUGUCUACUGACAUUUUCGGUUCUUGUAUAGCUGGAAACAUUUGAAUUUGUUCAUUCAUUACUUCUUAAUCUUAUUUAAGUACCAAUUGUGGGACUAACUUAUGAAGUGGGUGGUUAAUGUGCGUGGCCAAUCGAGUUCUUUCAGCUGGUUGUUAGCGAAGAAUUUUUAACAGUAUUUUGUAAAAAGGAGUAUAAUUGUGUAAUUGUUAUUCGAAGACCAAUCUCGGUUUUGAAACACCAUUUUUAUUUGCACCUCUCUCAAAUAGUGGUCUUGUCACAACAUUCCUUCAAGAAUAUACAAUAUACUAGCUAAUAAAGGAUCGCGCGAGAUAAAAUAGUAAAAAUGUGUUUAACAGUUCUUAUCAUACGUUCUUCAGUUCAACUAAUGGACUAAGUUCACAGUAAAAAUCCAACUGCACAAUUACAUCACGCAUUAUGUAUGAAAUUUUUUAUUAUGUAUGAAAAAUAAGUCAGCUGCCACCUCACUAUCGCAAUUUCUUUACCUUUGGUCUUCUAUUCUACAUUUUAUUGUCCGUCUGUCGUCAUAUAUGCUCACUACUAGCGAAUUCUGAAUUAGGUAUAUCUUUAAACAGU